UUUGAGCUCUGUUUCUGCACGAACUCAUGGGGGAUUUCGGAGUGUGGGGGUCUGCUUGGUGCUCUGGCGUUCGGAGGCGGGUGGUCGCAUUGAGGGGGUGUAGUUUCUAGGGUUCCGACGCCUCGUUUGGUCUAGAGAUCCGGGCGUAUGGUGGAAUGUCUCACUUCUGAGCUUGUUGGUUUGGCUGGUUGCCAGGAAAUUCACUUGCUAAGCCCACCGCUGGUUGCAAUAUGCAAAUCCCUAUUCCCCUUAUCCUUUGGGUCGUGGGGCCUUAUGAGCUUCCAGCAUGAAUUUUGUGGAUUCAGGGCUUCAUGGAUAGCUCUGCACGCUGUAGAGGUAGGUGACUACUGGUAGCAUAUAUCCUGGGAAUGUAUAGGAGCUGAACAAUGCAGGUAGAUUUGGGGCCAGUUGUCUAGUUGUGGAAUUGGCUGACAUUUAGAACAAGUGACUAUCAUGUCCAAAUUGUUGCUGCUACGAUGAUAUGUCCAAAUCGUUACUAGAAUUGCCAUGCUGAAGGUAACUCAGUGUGCAUAGGAGAUCAAGAUGGUGUGUAGAAUGGAUAUACAGUGGUCGCUCUGUUUUUUUCCCCCUUUCAUAUUAGAUGCACUUGGAAAAUACUAUGCUAAAGUUGCCUGCAAUAAAAAUGGCGGGCACCCAGCAUUGCAUGGCACAUUCAGAAGGAGAGAUUGAGAAGUGCAUGGUCCACGACACGUGGAAGCAAGAGAUGGGCUGCGAGCUGCUUGUUUCUUGGCCCAGUUCGUCAAGCUUUUUAGAGAUCUUUUCUGUGUUGUCGUGGAGCGAGACGUGGCAUUGGCUUGAGCGUACCUUACUUUUUCUUGCCUUUUAUUUUCAUUCCUCAUAUAAAUUUACAAUAUAGAAGUUGGCAAUGCAUUGUUCUUUUGGAAAUAUCCGAAUAGAACAUGCACCUCUUUUUAUUUUCGCUUGCUUGGUUUUUUUUUUCUUUAUAAGAAAGUUCUUUGUUUGGAAUCCAGUUUUUUUUUUACCAUCCUUGUUGACAUUACAACGAUUCUCAUCAAAGUACUAUACAAUUCCUCUUAGAUCCUAUAACAAGUUGUUGUUUCUAAUAAGAAAGUACCAACUGAAUUUUGUUUUUCAUUUAAGUUUUUGAAAAGGGUUCUUUCUUGUUUGUUCUUAUAGGAUUCCAGGAUUUAGUUCUUUUAGUGUUUGCUUAGCUUUCAAGACGUAGCGCUUCUUUUAGUUAUCACGUGGUUCCUUUGUGGCUUUGUCCAUAGGCCACCCUGGGUACUCCAGAGACUAACUAUACAAGUAUAGUAUAAUUUACUGGAGGUUUGUCGCAUGUUCUUAAUGCCCAUGCAUAAGUUAGAUAAAAACAAAAAUGUAUGAGGGGAGUUUAUGAUCUUGCACUAGUUGAAUGAUUUAAAUAUCCAGUAAUGUACAGUGCAGCGUAAUAAGGUGGCUAGAGAAAUCAAAGUGAUGCUGCCGCUUUCAGUUUUGAUAGAAGAAACGGGUGACUCUGUUGAAAGCUCGACGCAUGAAGCAAACACUGGUUACCAGGUGCUGGUGAAUCUGGCUCAGCUAUAUUUCAUUGGCAGGACGAUGGUUUUCUGAUAGUGCUUUAUUUGUUUACUGUAAAUUGAUGAAAUUUUGGUGAACAUACUAUGGACAAAAAUACUCGUUGUCCUGUUGAAGGCAAUGGUGAGAUUAAACAUGCUAUGGGCUCUAGUCAAAACCCUGAGGCCGUUGAGAAUCAUGUUAUGUCUACAUCUCAAACAGUGCAAAAUACCAUGGGUAUAAGGAAAAAUUAUAAAAGGGCAGCAAACAGAGGCAAAAAAGGCUUCCAAGAACUAACUGGUCAAACAUAUACUUUGAGGUCAUCUGGUAAUAAUGUCAGGAUGCUUCGCUCCACUUCAAGUUCAAAGACAACACCUACUGAACAUGCACAGGCUCCAGUACAACCAGCAGCAAAAAUAAGAAAAAGGGGCAGACCCACAAACUCAAACAAAAGUUCGACAGACGAGUUUUCACAAAUUCGUAAAUGUGUUAGAUACAUUUUGAAUCGAAUGAACUAUGAACAAAGCCUGAUUGAAGCUUAUGCUAGUGAAGGCUGGAAAAAUCAAAGUUUGGAUAAGAUAAGACCUGAGAAGGAGCUUGAACGAGCCAAGGCGGAAAUUUUGCGAUGCAAGCUGAGAAUACGGGAAGUCUUCCAGAAUCUUGACUCUCUCCUCUCUAAGGGGAAGAUUGAUGAAUCUUUAUUUGAUUCUGAAGGAGAGAUAUCUUGUGAAGAUAUUUUUUGUGCCACUUGUGGUUCAAAGGAUGUUACGUUGGGUAACGAUAUCAUUCUCUGUGAUGGAGCUUGUGACAGAGGGUUCCACCAGAACUGUUUAAAUCCUCCUUUGCGGACUGAAGAUAUCCCCGAAGGAGAUGAAGGUUGGCUUUGCCCUGCAUGUGAUUGCAAGAUAGACUGUAUAGACAUAAUAAAUGAACUUCAGGGAAGUGAUAUCUCUAUUGACGACUCUUGGGAGAAAGUCUUUCCAGAGGCUGCUGCUUUGGCAAAUGGCUCUAAGCAAGAUGACGCGUUUGAUCUUCCAUCAGAUGAUUCAGAGGACAAUGACUUUAACCCCAAUAUGUCCGAAGAGCAUGUGGCUAGCAAGGAAGAAGGAUCUUCUGAAGAGGAAGAGGAUGAGGAUGGGGGAUCAGACUCUGACAACUCAAACUUUUUGACCUCUUCUGAUUCUGAUGGUUCGGGACCUUCGACAAUGGACAAAAAGAAGGUCGAUGACCUGGGAUUACCUUCUGAGGAUUCAGAGGAUGACGACUAUGAUCCAGCAGGUCCUGGUUCAGAUAAUGAUUCAGAUAAAGAUAUCCAAAAGAAUAAAUCAACUUCAGAUGAGUCGGACUUCACAUCUGACUCUGACGAUUUCUGCAAGGAGAUUGCAAAAUCUUGUGGACAUGAUGAAGUUUCAUCACUUCCAUUACCUGAUGUUAAGGUGGAUGAUAUUGAAAGAAGCACGGCUCAGGCUAACACAGAAAAUUCCAAUGAUGACCCUAUGGAGACUGAAAUGGACCAGAGUGUGGUUUUACCAGUUUCAGGGAGACGGCAGACUGAACGGUUGGACUACAAAAAACUAUAUGAUGAGGCUUAUGGUGAAGCACCGUCUGAUUCUAGUGAUGAUGAAGAAUGGUCUGGGAAAAGCACACCAACAAAAGACAAUAAAGAGAGUGAAGCUGAUUCUCCUGCAGGAAAAAGCUUGCAUCCUGAUUCUCUUCAUGGUUCAGUUGAUAAGAAACAUGGAGAUCUUAGAUCUAAUGGCAGCAACAGUGCGACUAGGAAAGGACAUUUUGGUCCAGUAAUCAAUCAGAAGCUACAUGAACAUUUUAAGACAGAUCCAUACCCUAGUCGUUCUGUGAAAGAAAGCCUGGCAGAAGAACUAGGGCUAACAUUCCAGCAGGUUAGCAAAUGGUUUGAAAGUAGGCGUCAUUUCACAAGGUUAGCUUCUUCCAGGAAAGGCAUCUGUCCAGAUAAUCAUAGACCUGAGAAUACAAAUAGCCCAGUGGCAGCUAGCACGCAACUUGACAAACCUGAGGGGACGGAGACGGAAAAACCUAAUGUAUGCAGAAACAAGGAUGCUACCAUCUCUGGAAAAGUGGGCUCUCCAAAAGUUGGAUCAAGAAAGAAUCGUGGCAAGAAUGCCUCUGGAGGUGAUGUUAGAGGGUCAAAAGUUGAUUCUGCUGAGGAUCAGGUUCCAGGGCUCGACCUUGCAGACAAGGCAAGGCAAAAGGCAAUACAGCGGGAAAUGACGAAGAAGAAAAAUGGCAGAUGAAAUUUCUAGCCGAAGUCAACAGCCAGAAUAUGAACUCCCGAAAUUUCAAGUCAGGUCGUGAUUUUGCUGCAGCACUAUGGGCCUUGGAACUUUGGCUUUCUACGGCUUUACAUUGGUGGCCAUCUUAAAAAACAUAGACGAUUGCCUGUCAGCUAGCUCUCACUAGAUCAUGCCAGUCAACUAACAACCACAGCAUUCAGUUUUUUGGGGACAAUUGGUUCCUGUUCUUCAGCCAAUGAGAGCUUCCCUCUGAUUUCUGGGGCUCUCGGUAGGGGUCCGUUAUCCAUCAGAUUUAUUUGUACUGAUUUGUCAUUGUAGUAAGGGUUCCGUUGCAAACCCCAAGGUUCCGGAGCUACAGCAGGGUGCUACUGUGAUAGGAUGGAGAAGAUGUGCUGCUGUCAUCGCUGUGCCGUGUUGUACCAAACCCUUUUUUUUAUAGGAUGUAGUAUCAAACCUUGGUGUAAUCACUGUGUUCGGCAGGCUGGAGCUGGAAUGGUGUGAUAGAAAAAUACUGUUGGGCUGGCUGGAGGCUGGAGCUGGAGCUGGUGGCUGGAGUGGUGUGAGAGUAAAAUACUGUUGGCCUGGAGCUGGAGCUGGGACUGUUUCGUUGUUGGUUUUGUACUUGUUUGGCUCCCCUGAUAGAACAAGAUCGUUGCGCUUUUCAUGUAAAACAAAUUUCCGGUAACGUCGAUCCCGGUCCCGGUCCUUGUUGAUGUAGUUUGUUCUCGAGUAGUAGGAUGUUACACUUUCUUUGU